AUGCUCAUCUUCUCGGUUCUCAAGACGCUGCAAGACCAGGAGCUCACUGUCGAGCUCAAGAACGACAUGGCGAUCCGCGGGCAGCUCAAGUCGGUCGACCAAUUCCUCAACAUCAAGCUUGACAACAUCCGCGUCUUGGACGAAGAGCGGUAUCCUCACAUGAUCGCCGUCCGCAACUGCUUCAUUCGCGGCAGCACAGUGCGAUACGUGCAACUCCCGCGCGCAGCAGUCGACACGCAACUACUGGAGGAUGCGACUCGGCGAGAGGCGGGCAAGCAGCGAUAG